AUGAGUAGUAGUGUAAUGGAGUCCCAGUUGUGUCAAAACUUUCAUCGUGAAUGUAUGGCUGCUAUCAAUCGGAUGGUGAACUUGGAACUGUAUGCUAGCUAUGUAUAUCUCUCUAUGUCCUAUUACUUUGACCGUGAUGACGUGGCCCUGAGGCACAUGGCUCAGUUCCAGAGGGAGCAGUCCCGCAAGGAGAGGGAACAUGCAGAGAAGUUCCUGAAAUACCAGAACAGACGAGGAGGACGUAUUAUCCUGCAGGACAUAAAGAAGCCAGAGCGGGAUGAGUGGGGGAAUGGCCAGGAGGCCCUGGAAUGUGCCCUGCAGCUGGAGAAGACUCUGAACCAGGCCCUGCUGGACAUGCACAAGCUGGCUACAGAGCAAAAUGACCCCCAUCUAUGUGACUUUCUGAAGUCUGACUACCUGGAGGAGCAGGUGAAGGCUAUCAAGCAGCUGGGAGAUCACCUCACCAACCUGAAGCGCCUGGAAGUGCCCCAGAAUGGCAUGGGAGAGUACCUGUUUGACAUGCACACCCUGCGGGAGAGCAGGUCUUUCCUCAAUGUCAAAAGCAUAGGAUCAAAACAGCUGCCCUGUGGGACUCCACUAGAAACAUUCCUGCUCACUGGUGAUUCCCCAUUUCCUAUGUUCUUGAUAGAACAGUAG